CUGAGCGUGUACACGCCGGUUUGUAGCAACAUGCAGCUAUUUCAGAGGUGGCGACCGCUUCGUCUCCUGCUGGGGUUCCGGUGGUUGCAAGCCUACAAGAUACAUACUUUGCAUGAGGCGUCCUUACCAACUCCACCACUUUGGUUGGUAGAGCGGCUUGGGCUUUUUGAGGAGCUGUGGUCUGCUCAGGCAACGAGGCUAGCAAGCACUGCACAGAAGGAAGCCCGAACUAUUAAGGUGUCUCUUCCUGGAGACCAGAAAGUGGAUGCUGUGGCAUGGAAUACAACCCCUUACCAGCUAGCCCGGCAGAUGAGUUUAACACUGGCAGAUACUGCCCUGGCUGCUGAAGUGAAUGGAGAACCUUAUGACCUCGAGAGGCCCUUGGAGACAGAUUCUGAACUCAGAUUUCUGACGUUUGAUUCCCCAGAGGGAAAAGCGGUGUUCUGGCACUCGAGCGCCCACAUCCUAGGGGCAGCAGCUGAACAAUUCUUGGGUGCUGUUCUCUGCCGAGGUCCGAGUACAGAGCGUGGCUUUUACCAUGAUUUCUUCCUGGAAAAGGAGCGGACAGUCCAGGGCUCAGAGUUACCUAUUUUGGAGCAGAUUUGCCAGAGGAUUGCAGCUGAUGCACAUCCCUUCCGCAGGCUUGAAGCUUCCCGAGAUCAGCUGCGCCAGCUCUUUAAGGAUAACCCCUUUAAGCUUCGUCUGAUUGAGGAGAAGGUGACAGGCUCAACAGCAACAGUGUAUGGGUGUGGCACGUCAGUUGACCUUUGCCGGGGGCCCCACCUUCGGCACACUGGACAGAUUGGAGUGCUGAAGCUGCUCACGAACUCCUCGUCCCUGUGGAGAUCUCCAGGGAGUCAAGAGAUCCUACAGAGAGUGUCAGGGAUUUCCUUCCCUACAGCUGAGUUGCUGAGGGAAUGGGAAGCACAGAGGGAGGAAGCAUUGUCUCGGGACCACAAGCGCAUCGGAAAGGAACAAGAGCUCUUCUUUUUCCAUGAACUGAGCCCUGGGAGCUGCUUCUUCCUACCACGUGGGACCAGAGUGUAUAAUGCCCUGGUGGCAUUUAUAAGGGCUGAGUAUGCCCGCCGUGGUUUUUCAGAGGUGAAAACCCCCACGCUAUUUUCUGUGAAACUGUGGGAACAGUCGGGGCACUGGGAGCACUACAGGGAAGACAUAUUUACCCUGCAGCCCAAGGGCUCUGAUGGGCCCACCAGCUCCCAGAGUGACCACCCUGCCAAGCAUCACACAGGGACCCUUGCCCUCAAGCCCAUGAAUUGCCCAGCACACUGCCUGAUGUUCGCCCACCGGCCCAGAUCCUGGCGGGAGCUGCCUCUGCGACUCGCAGACUUUGGAGCCCUGCACCGAGCUGAGGCCUCUGGCAGCCUGGGGGGACUGACGCGGCUUUGGCGCUUCCAGCAAGAUGACGCUCACAUCUUCUGUGCUCCAGAUCAGCUGCAAGCAGAGAUCGGGGGCUGCCUUGAUUUCCUCCGCUCUGUCUAUGCUGUGCUUGGCUUCUCCUUCCACCUGUCACUGUCUACAAGGCCAUCUGGCUUCCUGGGAGAGCCUCACCUUUGGGACCAUGCUGAGCAGGUCCUUCAACAGACCUUAGAGGAGUCUGGAGAACCCUGGGACCUCAAACUUGGAGAUGGUGCCUUCUAUGGGCCUAAGAUUGAUGUGGACCUCCGGGAUGCCCUGGGUCGGCCCCAUCAGUGUGGGACGAUCCAGUUGGACUUCCAGCUGCCCCUGAGAUUCAACCUCCAAUAUAAGGGGCAGGCGGGGGGCCUGGAGCAUCCCGUCCUCAUCCACCGGGCAGUGCUGGGCUCUGUGGAGAGGCUGCUGGGAAUACUGGCUGAAAGCUGUGGGGGGAAAUGGCCCCUGUGGCUAUCCCCGUUCCAAGUCGCGAUCAUCCCUGUGAAGACUGAUCAGGAGGAAUAUGCCAGGGAGGUACAACAAAGCCUACAGGCCACUGGGCUCACGGGUGACCUGGACGCAGACCAGGGACUGACUCUCAGCCGGAAGGUCCGCCGGGCCCAGCUUGCUCACUACAAUUUCCAGUUUGUUGUUGGCCAGAAAGAGCAGAAUAACAGAACAGUGAACAUACGGACUCGAGACAAUCGCCAGCUUGGGGAGUGGGACUUGACCGCGGCCGUGCAGAGGCUGCUGGAGCUGCAGAGCGCCAGGGUCGCUAACGCUGAGGAAGUUUUCUGAGCCUUCGCUGGUAGAUAAGGCGGAGAUCUGUGCGAGCCUCCAGCUUUUCCUCAUGCAACCCAAGUGUAGUGCAGAAUCCUCAGAACUGUGUGUGUGCACUCUAAGGGGACUUUGUUUUGGGGUCUUCCAAAGGAAGGAAACUAGGGUGUGGAUGCGAAGAGUAAAAUGAAAAAAUAAAGAAGAAAAGCAUUAAAAAAUAAAUAAACUUGAAGCUGU